AUGUCACUUCACGAAGUGAUGCAAGGUAUGAAGUUGACCGAAAUUGACUGGCUUGCGCCACCUCAACUCAGGUCGAACAAAACUUCACAGACCGAUCUGCAGAAGCGCCGCGAGCUCUUCAAAGAAUUUAUCUACUUCGUAUUCGACUCUCUUCUAAUACCCCUCAUUCGAAGUCACUUCUAUGUUACGGAGUCAAACGCUCACAAGUAUAAGCUGUUUUUUUUUCGCCAUGAUGUUUGGCGAUAUAUAGCAGAACCCGCAAUGACGGCAUUAAAAAACAAGAUGUUUUCCGAGCUCAACCUCUCCCAUGCCCAACAAAUCCUCAACUCCCGUGCCCUUGGAUUUGGUCAAAUUCGCUUGCUGCCGAAGGAGAUCGGCAUGCGGCCAAUCAUGAAUCUCCGCAAAAGGGUCGCUCUCCGGGGGAAGUCGAAGGCAUUAGGAGCCGGAAUCAAUAGAAUUCUAGCACCAGCACACGCAAUACUCCAACUAGAAAAGACCAUAAACCCACAGAAAUUAGGGGCCACCAUGUUUUCAGUGGGAGAUAUUUAUAAGCGUGUGAAGCCAUUCAAAUUGAAGGUCACCCGGCCUGGUGUUGAGUUCUAUUUUGCGAAAGUUGAUGUUCAGUCUGCUUUCGAUACCAUCCCCCAGGCGGCAAUUGUCAGCUUGCUUGCUUCUAUACCCCAACAACGUCGAUAUCGAGUAUCGACGCACGUCGAGGUUGCAUCAAACCUGAUAAGUCAAGCAGGCAAUAAAUCUAAAUCAAAACCCGUGAAGAGAUGGCCUUCUGCGGCAAUAAGCGAUCGCGACAAUUCUACAUUCAUGCAACAUCUAGAAUCCAAGUGGGCAACUACUAAAAAGGAUACGGUGUUCGUCAACAGGUGGAACAAGUAUUAUGAAACUAGCGAGUUGCUUCAACUUGUAGCCUCACACAUUCAACAAAAUCUCGUCAAGAUCGGAAAGAAGUUCUAUAGACAAAGAGAAGGUAUCCCACAAGGAUCUAUAUUGUCUUCUACUCUCUGCAACUACUUCUAUGCCGAUCUUGAAAUUCAUAUUCUACCUUUCCUCGAUUCGGAGGACUGCCUACUCCUACGACUUACUGAUGAUUUUCUCCUCAUCACUAUAGACAAGCAGAAAGCUAUCCGCUUCGUGAAAACCAUGCAUCGGGGUGUUCCAGAAUAUGGAGUGACAGUAAAUCCCCGAAAAACUUUGGUUAACUUUGAUAUGAAGGUCAAUGAUGAGCCGGUCACAAAGUUAAGUCCUGGCCAACGGUUCCCUUAUUGCGGCACUGCGAUCGACUGCCAGACUUUGGACAUAUCUCGUAAUCGAGAAAAGGUCCAGGAGACAGCUAUAUACAACUCUCUCACAGUCGAGUUCUCGCGUACACCAGGACGAACGUUCCAGCGAAAAGUUCUUAAUGCUUUCAGGAUCCAAAGUCAUCUCAUGUUCUUUGAUUCGGAGCUUAACUCGGUUAAUACCACAUUGAAUAACAUAUACACAGCCUUUUGCGAAACAGCUACUAAGAUGUGGGCAUAUGCUCGCUGCUUGUCGGUGCAAAAGCAACCAUCGGCAGACCUCGUCAUUAAGACGAUUUCGAGACUGGUCGAUACAGCCCAUCUGCUCCUCGUAAGCAAAACGCGCAAACUUCGGUACCCGGGCUAUACCUGCGAUGUGAAGAAGCCCGAGGUAGCUUGGCUUGCUUUUAACGCCUUCUGCAAAGUAUUAGAGCGGAAACAGUCUAAAUACAGUACGGUAUUGAGCUGGCUAAAGGCCGAGGUUAGAAAACUUAGUGCAAAGAAGGACAUCCGCCAUGGGCGUGUAACUCAUGUCGUUAGCAAUCUGCCCUGA